AUGUUAUCCAAGUCCUACCGCCGGAAACGCCCACGCAAUCGGGCUGGCAUGAGAGAGCGUCUUGACUACCUGCGCUCCAUCCGGACGCAGGACUUCCUCCACAGCACAGGCUUGGAGGAUCGAGGACCGGUCGUCCCAAAUCCAAAGCCCGAAGUAGUCAAGCGCUGCUCCAUCCUCCUCAAGCCGAACCCCUGCCGGCGCAAGACCAUGGCCAGCAGCUCUCUAUCGCCGAUCCAAGUUGAUGACACGACAGUCCUACGGGCUUAUGACGACGAGCUGCUCUCCCCAACAUCCAACCACUGUCCUAACACGGCCCAUGGGAGCGAGUGCACGCUGAGCCCGGAAUCCCUCGAUAGCGGCUUCUUCCCUUCGUCGGCGGGCAACAGCUCUGAAGACACAGAUGCCGAUGCAAUGACUGACAAACCAUUCCCGCGGGGCCUGUUUCGGGACCCGUGGUCUUCAUUUCCCAUUUCUCCAUGGUCGGAGUCGGCAAGGCUCGAACAUGUGAGAGACAGGCAUCGUGAGCGCAUCGAGCUUCUUCGCGAGCACUGCCCCAGCCGGUCAUCGUCCUUCCUCUCUGAUGUCGCAAGCUUGAUCGACGGGCUGUCACUACGAUCGAGCGUAUCCUUAUCCCGAACAGGUUCUCGGUGUUUAAGCAUCGUCGUUAGCAGCGAGGACGAAGACUUCCCCGAACAACAACAAGCUGCCCAGACCCAAACCCCGUCAACCUCAGCCCUCUUAUCCUCCUCCAUAACCGCAUCGGCCUGGUCUGCCAACACCAGCACCUGGCAUCCAGCCCCGACCAGCCUCUCCUUCCCUGCCCCCAACACAGCCAGCCCAGCAGCAAUAACAUCCUCGUUCUCCGAACCCUCCCCCUCGUCCGACUUCCUCUCUUCCUUCCCCACAGACUCCCCGACCCUCGCCAACCGCGAGCUCCUCCUCACCUGCUGUCGCCACACCUGCUCCUGCAUCCACCGCCGCAUCACCGCCCUCCUGAACCAUCCCUCCCCGGUGCAAGACCAAACCCCAUUCACCUGCACUCCCAACGAAGCCUCGUUCCUCGACCGACUGGGGAAUACCACGCUGCACGUGGCAGCCCGUUGGGGGGCUCCGCUUCCCGUGCUGCUGCGCAUCGCUAGUCUGUCGCGGAUCCCAGCCUCGGCGGCGAACCAUAGUGGUGAGACGUUCCUGCAUGUCUUGGACCCUUCUGGGCUGGGGCGUUCGGAGCUAAGGCAAUUGGUUGGGUGGCUUAGUGUGGAGGGGAAGCUUGGGGUAGAGGAUUUUGCGCGGGCAGAUCAUCGCGGGAGGACAUUUGUUGAGAGGUUGCUGGAGAGAUCGGGGGAAACGUUUGGACUAGAGAGUUUGGAGGCAGUGUUGCGGGCUUUACCUGGGCCGGCGAGGGUCGCGAUUGUGAGAGGGCUGGUUACGAGAGAAGGGUUUGGGAGGGCAGUGGCUGAGAGGCUGGAAUUGGAGUAUAGGACUGCUGAAUGGGUUGCGGCGUAUGGGGAGUAUUUGAUCGGAAGAUAUGGGAUAUUGUGA